UGGUAAGCAAAACAGUUUACAAUCAAAAUGGAACAAAUAUCGAAUUUACAAUUACCUCAAGCAUUUCUUGAAUUCCUCGAAAGUAAUGGACUCGACCCUUCAAUUUAUUCUGCAAUUGAUACAACUCCACGCUAUAUAAGGUUGAAGCCUGGAAGUGAAGAUGGUGGUGAUUAUAUAAAAGAGAUUGAGAGAGAGAUUAGUUGUAAGCUUGAGAAAGUGAACUGGUUACCUCAUUUUUAUUCUCUGCCGUCCCAUGUUCAAAUUGCUAAUUCUAGGGCAUAUAAGCAAGGAAAGAUAUAUGGAAUUGAUGCGGCUUCUGGAGCUGCGGUUAUGGCAUUGAAUAUCUCGUGUGGAGAUCAUGUUCUUGAUUUAUGUGCUGCCCCUGGUGCUAAACUAUGCAUGAUGGCAGAACUUCUUGGUAAUUCUGGAUCUGUUACGGGAGUUGAUGUUGCAAGGCACCGUCUAGCUGCUUGUAGAACGCUGCUGCAGAAAUAUGCUCUUGGUGAUAGGUGUCGACUGUUUGUUGCCGAUGGAACAAAAUUUUCAAUUUUUCCUGUGAGGGACUGUUCAAAUUCUGGAUCAUGUGAAUUUGCAUGUCAAGAAAAUGAAGACACAUACAAGGAGUGGACUUCUAGGAGACCAUAUAAGGAGAGGAAACGAACUAGUAAAGCAAGGGAACAUGGUGCUUCAACAUCUGUUGCAGAAAGUGAUUGUCCUGAAUUAAUUUUUUAUGGGCGGGAUUCAGGUGUAGUCGGGCUCAGAAAAAGUGAACUGGACCAAAUUGUUUCCAGCAAUAAUACUUUGAGCUGUGGUUAUGAUAAGGUUCUUGUGGAUGCAGAAUGCACCCAUGAUGGAUCAAUUAGACAUAUACAAAAAUUUGAGAACUGGGGAUGGGAAACCCUUCAUCAGCGUGUAUUGCAAGCAGAGAGAAGUGAUAAUUUGACCAGUCUUCAGUUGAAACUUCUAACAAAUGGUUUUAAGCUGUUAAGAGUUGGCGGUUUGGUUGUCUACAGCACUUGCAGUUUGACAGUAUCUCAGAAUGAAGAGGUGGUACAGAAAUUUCUAGAGGAGAAUCCUUCUGCCGAGUUGCGGGAUAUAGACGCUGCUAAAAAUUGGCCAUGUAAGAGUGGGAGAAUACAUAAGACCUUGCGCUUUGAUCCUAUAACUUCGCAAACCAGUGGACUUUUUGUUGCAAAGUUCACCAAAUUGGCCAUUUAAUUGAAGUUUGAGUUGCUGGGAAGAUGAAAUUACUAUUUAUGUAUAACAGUGCACAUUUCUUGCAAAUUGUUAAUGCAACACUCUUCUGGUCGAUGUAGUUCCUCUCAUCUGGAAGAUUUUAUCUUCUUUCAGAACCCCGUUCUAUUGAAAUUAGUUUGGCCGGUGGGUAUAUAGGUUGCAUCCUCAUCCCGCUUGGGUAAGGUCGAUUGUGUAGGAGGAAAGAACCCGCAAAGGAUUAUUCUUUAGACUCGACAGCUAAAUUUUUUUCUCAGUCAAAGUAGUCGAGGAUAUUUCAUUUAUUGCAUUUUGCAUAGUAAAAUUCUGUCUGUAGCUUCAUCUAUUAUGUUCGUUUUUCUUGUUAAAAGCAAACGUUGUUUGUUAGUUAUAAUGACAUUCCUUCAUCA